AUGAAUAAAUUAGAGACUAUUGUGGACUCGGUCUCCUUAUAUGGAACAGGCGAGGUUAGUUCAAGGAUUUCCCAAGAAAAAGAAAGAAAAAAAGACCAUGGUGGGAAAGGAAGGGGAGCUAAUUUGGAGUCUAAUGUGAUUCCAAAUGAGAGCAGAGAACGGUUGCCGGGGCCACAAGUGGAGGAGAUACGGACUACUAUAUGGGUCACAAUAUAUUCCGUAUCUCCUCCGCUCGUCCCAUCACGACUGUUUCCUGUUACUGUGAAGACUGGGUCUCCUUAA